AUGCGCCCGCUACUCCUAUCGAAUCCACCCGUCCGCCCGCCUGUGAAUGAAUCCAGGAUUCAUGAUCAGCCCAUGAUCCCUGGCGCGCCCGCUAGCCUCGUCGCCCAAGAGCCUUGUUACUUGGGAUGGUUCCUUUUCGACUGCUCCAACACGUCUAGUAUGAACUAGUCUGCUGCCAAACACCCCAAGACC